AUGGCUGAACCAACAUACUAUUUGCUUGCAUAUACAAGCAAUACAACAGAUUAUUUGGAUCUGGAGUCUAACUGGUGUGAUAUGACCGACACAGGCAAAUUCAGUGCCACAUUCACCAGCGUCCUGUACUCCAUAAUUUUUCUCCUCAGUCUGCUAGGAAAUAGCCUUGUCUUGUGGAUUGUGAUCAGAUAUGAAAGCCUCUUGUCCUUAACAAACCUCUUCAUCAUGAAUCUUUGCCUCACAGACUUGGCUUUUUCUUUCACGCUGCCUUUCUGGAUUGUGUACAAUUACUAUGGAUGGAUUUUUGGCGGGUUUCUCUGCACGGCUGUGAAUGCAAUCUUUUCUAUCAGCUACUAUGGUGGUGUGAUCUUUCUUACCAUUAUGACCAUCCUCCGGCUCCUGGCUGUGAUACAUCCUUUGUCAACACUGAGGACUCAGAUGAAGAGAUGUGGUUUGUUGGUGAACAUUGUUUCUUGGAUCAUUAGCAUCGCAGUCGUGAUUCCUGAAAUGAUGAAUACCCAAAUAAUUCUUCACAGUGAUGGCUUCAAGCAGUGUGAGUACAAAGACCAUUCAGUCUGGAAGUUGGUGGAGCUGUGUCAGCAACUUGCUUUUUUUCUAGUUUCCUUCAUUAUCAUCACAAUUUGCUACACUGUGAUGCUGAAGGUUCUGCUUAGAUCAAGAUCUCAGCGAAGACACAGGACUGUAAGGCUCAUAUUUGCCAUUGUGGUAGUCUUUUUCCUGACCUGGGCACCUUUCAACAUUCUUGGCUUUGUAUACAAUUUAGCCGAACAGCACUACAUCACGGCAACUUGUCAACACAAAAAAAAUAUUUUCUUUGCUUAUGACAUCAGCCGCAAAAUAGCCUACUGCCACUGCUGCCUCAAUCCGGUGCUCUACGUCUUUGUUGGGGUGAAAUUCAGAAGGCAUCUGAAACUCUUGUGCAAGCACUACAUUCUGUGCUGUAACAGGAUGCCACCUGCCAGCCCUAGAAAGGUUUCUUUUCAUGUGAGCCUAGAUGAGGAUGCAUCUGUGUACUGAAGAGAAGACCACCAAACAGAAUGAGAAACUGAAUGGUGUGAACAAGCUAAAGAGGUAGAAAUGCCCCCUUCACAUUGCCCCAGAGGAUUUAGCAGGAAUGGUUAAUUGGUAGGA